AUGACGAAGCCUAGGACAAACAGCGACAGCGGCGGCCCGUCGGCGCCGCUGCCCUCCAAAUCCUCCCGUCUGGGCUCAUUUUCGGCCCUCAUUCGGCGCAAAGGCUCUGUCAAGGACUAUCCCUACCCGUCACCACACAACAAAUCUAGCACGAUGCCCAGUGAAACCGAUCUUGCCGAUACCUACACCCUGCGACAGAGUGACUCCACCUCGUUCCACGAACCCGAGAGCCAUGGCCGCGAGCUGCAAUCCCUCGUCCAGCGCAUGCGCGCCGCGCCCUCUGCGCCCAGCCACGUCGACCAGGCGUACAAGGAAUUUCUCAAAGUCAAGGAUAGAUGUACCACGCUUUGUCUUUCCAUCAUGCAGGACGAGAUCAAGCCUCCCCGCGUCUCUCUCAACGCCAACGAGACGCUCCUGCGCCAAGAUUCAUACACGGACUCGCCGCGCAGCCCCGGCAUGCUCGACAACCGCAGCUCCUUUAGCGGAAAGAGCCUGGCCGAGGUCGUUUCAGCCAAUGGCGCCACCAGGCUCGGGAUACACGGCGCGGAACUCUGGAUGGGUCCGAUCCGCGACUGGAAAGCCUGCGUGGAGGCGCUUAAUGAAGCUUUCAGAACAAGCUUGGCAGAUACAUACAAGGCUUACGAGAAAGACGCCACGCAUGAGAUGAUCGAGUCCCUGUUUCAUAAUAAAAGGUUUCGACGCGACGCGGUCACGCGCAUGCGCAACGCGUCCGUGACCAGGGUGCUUGCCCCCGACCCUCAAUUCUUUCCCAAAUAUGAAAUCAGAUUUAGAAAUUAUGAAAAGGCGAAGCAGGAACUGCUCGACGUUCGACAAAUCGUUCAGACCGCCGAGUCGGGAAUUGCGCCGUCCCGAGAAGUCCGAGAAUUUCCCAUAUCGGAGCGCGGCGAUGCAGUCUUGGAAUUUGCAAACACCCAUGCGGGCUGCUCGCCCGAGGAUCCGGUUCUCCGAUUCCGUGUGUCAUCCUACAUGCUGGCCGAGACGUCGCCGAUUUUUGCACGCAUGUUCUCUGGUCAUGCGAGCAGCCUUCAUCUGCACGAGGCCGAAGACAUAACGGCGCACCUACCUCCGCCACCAUCCAAAUAUUACUGCAAGGACGACACAGAGACCUGGCUAUAUCGUAUGCCACAGCGAGAAACGAAUAGCCUGAGAUCUCUUGAGAUUCUUUUGCAUGCAGCGCACAUGCACAAUGAGAAUGUACCACGGGAUAUUAGCUUUGACCAAUUUGUGGCUAUUGCAGAAUGCUCAAUACGAUACAAGAGCACCUCCCCUCUGGAACUGAUGGUGGAGCACAGAUGGCUGCCGCAGUGGAUGCAUCGUGGCGCGGAUGAUAUGCCGGACGGGCUUCUCAUCAUAAGCUACGCAUUUGGCUCACGCGGCUUAUUCAGUAGGAUGUCCAAGAGCGCCAUUUUGCAUCUGGUGGACGAGAAGGACUUGCAAAGCAAACCGUGGCCCCAAAAGAUACGAGACAAAAUUUGGGCUGUGCGCUCCGCCAAGAUUGCGCAGCUUCACGAUUGCUGCACAGCGGCGCUGCAAGAAUAUACAAAACCUCCGACAAGCGAGCCCACGGUAGCCGCGGAGACGGAAGACCCCCCCCCCACCAUCUGGGGAAGUUUGGGCACCGUCGCACCGCAGAACCCGACACUGGCUCUCACAACGACGCCGAGGUGUCCCAAAGGAAGCCACUGGUGCGACGCGACCAAUCUCGGCUGGCUCAUGAUGGUUUUCAACAAUAUGAAUAUGCUUCCCACUGUCAUGCAGUCCAAGGCUCUGACCGGGGAGCCAGAGGUGCCGUUUGCGGCAAAAAGCGUGGCUCAAAUCGUGGACCUGCUGCGACUGCUGCCCAGCCCUCCGGCCCCCGUGCAUCGCGGUGGUGUCUGCGACCCCAUCCCAUCAUUUCGAACCGCGGUGGCAGAUAUCUACAACAGCGUGACCGGUCUUACCCUUUUCGACAUUAGCGGAAAGAGUCACGGCUGGGCCCUGUCGAAGCAUGCCAUGUCGGAGCCGCAAUCGCAGGUCGCCACGGGACUCGGGCGCAUGGCCGCCCCAAACGACGGUUACACCGUUGCGGCCGAAUUUCCAGAAAGUGUCUUGCUGCAGAUAAUGGGCGAGAUUGCCGACCUUGCGGACCUCCACGCCGCAGCUCGCGUCAACCGUGCUUUUUAUGAGACGUACAAGACGUAUGAGCUGCUGCUGAUGCGCAACAUUCUCCGCGUGGGCAAGAUCCGCGGCGGCUCGCUCAUACACCGCGUGCCGCUCACCAUUAACAAUGCUGAGGACAAGAUCCGGAAAUCAGAGUCGGAUCUCUUGAAAGACCGCAUGAUUGACGACAGGACAGACUCGGCGACGCUGGAUAGCGAUGACGACGAACGUACUACAGACUCGGACAGUGACCUCGAAAGUGACGAGAUGCCCGUGGCGGCCACCCCCGCGGAGCCAUGCGACGAGCCUCAGGGCGCACCACUGAUGCAAGCUAGCGACGUGGUCAACUCGGUACUGUCGAGCUUAGCGUCUGCGCAACGAAGUGUAUCACCGGACGCAGAAGAGGACGAUGAUGGGGAUCUGUACGAGGCGCCGAUGACGGAUGCAGAGGCGCGACGGAUCCUGUGGCCUGACGACUACGACGAGCCUGCCACGCCCAGGGCCGUCAGCCACGCGCAAGACCAGAUCGACCAGAGUCUGCGGGAGAAGUUUUUGCUCGACGACAGGCUGGUCACGGAAGGGCUAGAGGAUAAGACGCUGAUGCUCGUCAAUGAGAAGCGGCUCUUGCAUGAGACGGCAAAAUAA